UGUGUGUGUGUGAGGCGGGGCGGGUCUUGUCCCUCGUAAACAGACGGCGCACAGGUCGGUCCCCGGUUUGUCCAGCGCACCCAGACAGGUGAGUGUGUGCACGAUCGGUGGGGGUGAUGGUGGUGGGGGUGUGAGGACGAGCAGGAGCAGGGUGUUUCCCAGAGUCUGGAAUAUUCAGAGGAGGUGCAGGAGGAGGAGAAAACCAAUAUAAUAAAAAGAUAGCAGGAUAAAUAUUAACUAAGGCAUUAAUAUGAGGCUUUAUGGUGACACAUAUAUGCACGGAAAGAAUCAAGUUAACAGAAAAACACUGCUUACAGGGAAGAGUCUUCAUUUCCACGGGGAGGAAGGAUCUCCUGUGGCGUUCAGUCUGAAGCAUCUUCCUCUGAGAGUCCAUCCGUCUCUCAGUCCAGUCUGUUGUCAUCAGUACCCCCAGAUGGGUGUCGUCCUCCACAGUGUAAACACUGACCUGAACAGCGUCCAGCUGAGACAUGACCAAAGAGCACGGUUCAUCAGGAGGAGGAAGACGAGGAUGUUUUUCAGACUUGGUGAAACACUCAGCUCCUCCUCCUUAAGAACACUCUGUAAUACAAUACACUGUUCCAGCACCUUCACAGACUGGUUUCAGAGGAAGAGCAGUGUAUUAUAUUCAGGGUUCAAGUGCAAAGAAUUACUUGGUUCUGGUUCAGGAAUCUGGUUCAGGAGGAGGAGAAGGAAGUUCGCAGAGUCUGCAGCAUAGAGAGUCGCAUCAGACAGCUCUGCCCCUGGACCCUUGUGCUUCAGGAGGACAGUCCCAGAUCAUAGGAAAAUAGAAUCCAACCACUUUAGAGGAGCAGACAGUACAUGUGGGAUCAUUUAUUACUUUCAUCAGAUGAAGUUUCUCGGUGUUCAAUACAUCCUGUGUAUGAAAUUAUAAAGUAUUUGCUGGUGAUCAGGGUUUCUGGAUGUUAGGCCAAGCAUGAGCCACACUUUAUCCCAGUCCAAAGUGGGGUUUAAAUGUGGAACAUCUGUCCUCCACUUCAUCUGUCUCCACAUGGAGACAGAGAGGGCUUUGCAGAGGGACACCGCUGUCUUUUAAAGUAGCUCUGAGCUGCAGAUAAUAGAACAAGGAGGUACGUGGAAUGCCAUGUUUAGAGCAGAUGUCCUGAAAAGUAAUUCGUCUUCUCCAAGUGUACGAAUGUUGUUUUUCUCCCAGUCAGGGAAAUGAACAGGGCGGUCACCGAUCAAUAAUCUAUUAUUAAACAGAGCAACUGCUUGCCGUUCUGUAAUAGGACCUGUUGCUGUGUGGUUCAAGUCCUGGUCCGGGUCCUGGUCUGGGUCCGGGUCUGGGAGAUGACGCUACCGCGUGUGAAAAUAGCGAGCGGCCUCCUGCUCCUGGCAGUGCUGGUCGGAGUUUUGUACAAACACAUCCCGCAGUCUUACAGAUUUGCUCUGUGUAAAGAAAAAGAACCUCCAGCAGACAGAUCUGCGGACGUCGUCACAAUCACCACUGAGAUCCCUCUGCGGACGGCAAAGCAACUUCAGUACAAGCAGCCGAGCGUUGUGUCCGGCCGUACUGACGUGGCGACGGUCACGCCGUGGUUGGCGCCGGUGGUCUGGGAGGGGACCUUCGAGCCGGAGCUGCUGGACGGCGUCUACCGGCAGAAGAACGUCAGCAUCGCCGUCACCGUGUUCGCCGUGGGAAAGUACAUCAGGUUCCUGAAAGACUUCCUGGAGACGGCCGAGCAGCACUUCUUCGUUGGUUUCAAGGUGCACGUGUACGUGUUCACCGAUCGGCCAGCAGAGCUGCCCAAGGUUGAAAUGGCGGCCGGCCGACAGCUGACGGUGCACCCGGUGCCCGCUGCGAAGCGCUGGCAGGAGAUCUCAGCUCGCCGGAUGGAGAUGAUCCAGCGUCUGAUCGAGGAGACGCUCCUCCCUGGAACAGACUUCAUCUUCUGUCUGGACGUGGACUCGAAGUUUCACGGCCGCUGGGGGGCGGAGUCUCUGGGCAGCCUGGUCGCCGUCGUCCACCCAGGUUACUAUAAAACUGAGCGCGGCGGGUUUCCGUACGAGCGCCGGCCCGCCUCCCGCGCCUACAUGGCGCCCGGACUCGGCGACUUCUACUACUGCGGUGGGGCUUUCGGGGGCGACCUGCACGAGGUCCGCCUGCUCGCCAAAACCUGCCGGGAGAACUUCGAAGCCGACGCCAAGGAGGGCAUCGAAGCGGCGUGGCAAGAAGAGAGUCACCUGAACAGGUACAUGUGGCUCAACAAACCCAGCAAGGUGCUCUCGCCGGAGUUCCUGUGGCAGGACUUCAAGCCUCGAGAGCGCGAGAUCCACGUCGUCCGCUUCUCCGGAGUCGUCAAGAACUACGCUGAAAUCAGACCCAACUGAGCCCUGAACACCCGGGAACGCCGGGGCCCGACCCACAAUGCACCUCAGCAAGGACCUUGCUCCAGACUCAGAGCCUGCAGGACGACCGAGCAUGUGCAGAACUCAUCAUCAACAUUGAGGAAAAAUGUGUCUGAACUGUGAACGUACACCUGAGGCUGGUUUGUUGAUUACACUGAGAGGAGACGACAUUAUUCUGGACAUGAUCGCCGGGUUCGUCUGCAGCCGUCCUGCUGCUGACAGAGAGACGUUACUUAGAAUUGGUCUCACAUGCUCACUGUCUCUGUUUCUAUUCAUCUACCUGUGAAAAUUAAAAAUCCUGCACUGAUUAACUAUUCUAAACUGUGAAACUGAUCUUCACAGUUUGAUGUCUGGUGUUUACAGUUGAUCUU